GUUGCUACAUUUUUAGAGUAUAAUCAUGUCAGGAGAUAUAAUUGAAAUCUCUAAUGAGAAGUUUUUAGGAAUAUUAUCUAUGGUUGAAAAAGCAAAGUCUGAUAAUGAGAGAUUUGCUGCCUUGCUUGUUGUGUCAAAAUUAACGAGAGGAGGAUCUAUUUUGCCAGAAAACAGAAAGGAAUUGUUAAAAGCUAUUGGAAUUCAAUUUCCAUUGCGUCUUGUCAAGACUGCAUGCUCACAAACAACAGAAGAAAACAAAUUUAGUUUUGUUUCGAUCGGGAUGUCAAUUCUGUGGUCAUUUUGUGCUGAUGUUGAGUUUUUUAGAGAUGAAGGCCUGGAAGCUAUUGUACCACAUCUUCUUAAAGUUGUUAAAUUGUUUUCCAACGAAGAGAAAUAUGAAUCUGUAAUUGAAGAUUGUAUGGAUUGUCUCAUUGCCCUUACAUAUUUUGAUAACUGCAUCUCUGAGAUCAUUGAAAGUGAUGCUUUUAAUACAUUGUGUCUAUGUGAAAAGCAGUCUGACAAAAGCCAUCACUUUAUUUCUAUGCUGUUAUCAAAGCAACCCCAUCUUUGGCAAAACAAACAGUUUCAAAAAUGGUUCAAAUCACUUGCAAAUGUUUUCAAGAUAGACCAAACAAAUAAAAAAUUCACUAUUUGCAUUCACCUGUUCCAAAUUUUAACUGCAUGUUCUAGCGAACAUUUGCUUGGAUAUCAUGAAGCCAUAACGGACAUCAUGUGUGGCCUUGAAGAUGUGUUGUGUAGUAAACUUAACACCGAGCAAAGGAAGUCACCGAUACAACUCGUCAGUGAAAUUCUUAGAUUGUUUGGUAUUUCUUGGUUCACAAUGAAUUCGAAAAAGACGAAUUUUAUUGUUAUCGUGACAAGACUGUCAUGCAUUGAAAUUGGACUGUUUUUAAAAGACAUUUCUAAUGACAUAGAGUCAAACUUUUCUGAAUAUCUAUCGGUCAUCAUGUCUUGCUUUUCCAUAUCGGAAGCAUUUUGCUCAGCAGUUGCCAAGUUUGAACAAAAUGAUAGUGAGAAGGAUGAUAUUCUAUCUUUUGAGCAAAUUCGACUCACUCAACCAGCAUUGUCUGAUUUAGCCAACAGUGUGUCUCUUUUUAUUUCAUCUUAUUCAGUUGAUGAUGAAACAGGCAUCCCAGAUACAGAAUUAUUGAAUAUAUUACUUCCUAUUUGUAUUCGCUUUCUAGGGUCAUGGCUUAACAUUGAGAACAAUGUAACUUCAGAUCAAGGCAAUGAAACACUUCCAAUACUGAAGCAGGUUUUGAAAUAUAUCGUAAAGCAUGAAAACUUGUUAUUGCUAGAAUGCACCUUGCCUGCAGUGAUGCAAGCAGCAAGUUCUAUGAGCACCCAUGACACUAUAAUUAAAAAUGGUAUUUUGCAAUCCCUCAUCUGCGUUAUUGAUUUAAUUGAGAAAAAAUUACACUACCCAGAAAAAAUGGAUGAUAAUUUAGUUACUUUUCAUAUUGUGUUACAAAGCCUAACAAGUGUUUGUUCUACAAUGACUAAUGUUGAAUGUCAAGACUAUCACAACGACUUGAGUAAAAUAUUUUCCAUAAUGACAAUAUUAGUACAAAAGCCAUUGUCAAUUCAAACAUGUGGGUACGUAUACCCACUCUCGUCAAUUUUAUUGAACAAAUCAUCAUGCUCCAUAUCUGAUGACAUUUUAUAUAAAAUAUUCAAGUUUCUUUUUGAUGCAUAUGAGGUAUCUCCAACUGAUGGUCACCCAAAAGUCAGUCCCAAUUACCAAGAAUCUUGGCAAGAAAUUUGCCCUUUGUGGAAACUCUGUGCGGAAGAAAUCACAUCCUAUAUUGCCAGUACACCUGAAGUCAAAAAGAAAUUGAUUGGAUGUGAACAUAGAGUGUUCUUACGCAACUUAUUUGAUGCUGCAUCUGCUGGGAAAGAUGAAGAACUAACAAAUAUCUUUUUCAAUCUUUUAGAAGUUUUGAAACUGAACACAUUUGUACAAUAGGUUCUUAAUAAAUUGUCAUACUUUGGUAUCUACCGACUGUUUUGGAGUUCAUUUCAGUUCACACAGGCGGCUUUGCGGUCUUGCAUGUAUAACACUCAGAAAA